AUGAUGAGCGAGGACCACGAGCGACUGCGCCUACUGGAGGCAGGGCGCAAGUUGCUGGAACAGAGGAAGCUCAGCAAACCCCCUCUGCCUCAGAAUGCCUCUACAAAACCGCCCGAAGGCGCACCACCCGCGGCUCACCCCACCGCCAACGGCCACUCGGCCGCCCACUCCAACGGCACCACCGCCCACGCCGGCGAGGCCGAAGCGGUGCGGUUCCGAUACAAGCUGCAGGCGCAGAGCGCGCGGGUCGAGGCGCUGCUGCAGGAGAAGCACGCACUCGAGGCGCGGGUCGAGGCCGCCGAGGCCCAGCUCGCCGCCGGGCGCCAGCGGCUCGAGGCCGCCGACGAUCGCGAUCGCGCCCAGGCCCGCGCCGCGGCCGAGCUCGCCGAGCAGCUCGACGACGAGCGCGACCGGGCGCGGGCGCAGGGCGAGGCCAUGGCCCAGAUGGUGUCGCGGCUGCAGGUGCAGCUGGUCGAGGAGCAGACGGCCAACGAGCGGCUGCGGCGCGAGCGCGAGCGGUGGCGGCGGCUCGAUGAGACGGCGGCGGGACUCGAAGCCGCGACGGCCGAGCUGCAGCGCGAGAAGGGCGAGCUGCUGGGCGACGCGCUCGAGCUGCGUGAGCGGGUGCGCGAGCUCGAGGCCGCCAACGCGCGGCUGGCGGACGAGGUCGCGCAGCUGCGGGCGAGCCGCGACGAGGGCGACGCGGCGCGGGCCGAUCGGGCGCGCGGGCUCGAGGAGCAGCUGCGCGAGCACCGACGCGAGCACGAGGCCGAGCUCAACGCGCUCAACCUCCUGCUCCGCGAGCAGAUCGACAACGUCAAGCGCAUCGCCGCCGAGAAGCGCAGCCUCGAAGCCCAGCGCGAGCACGAUCUGGAGCAGAUCGAGCAGCUCAUGGAAGAGAGGCGGGAGCUGAUGGGGCGGGCGGACAAGAAGAGCGAGAAGCUGACGACGGGGCUGGAGGAGCUGGAGCGGGAGCUGCAGGCGACGCGCGAGCAGCUGAAGGCCCGCGAGCGCGAGGCGGCGGCCGAGGCCGCCCAGGCCUGGCGGGCCGAGCGGGCCGAGCUCGUGCGGGAGCUCGACAGCGUCAAGACCCGCUUCGCCCGCACCCAGCGGGUCGAGCGCGCCAAAUUCCUCGAAUUCUAUCGCGUCAUCCAGGAGCUCCGCGACGAGAACGAACAGCUCAAGGCCCAGAGCGGCGGCGGCGGCGGCGGCGGUGGCGGUGGUGAGGCCCAGCGACGGCUGGCGGACGAGAACGAGAAGCAGGCGAAGCGGAUCCGGGAGCAGCGGGACUUCAUCGAGGAGCUGAUGCAGAGCAAGGCCAAGCUCAUGGAUCAGGUGAGCGGCGAGGUCAAGCGCAACGCGGCGCUGUCGCGCGAGAACGCCGUCCUCCACGACACCAUCCGCCAGCAGCUCAGCUUCAUCGAAAACAACCACAACGGCGCCGGCGGCGGCGCCAGCUCCAGCCCCACCACGGCCAGCGCCGGUGUGGGCCACGAUCACCACCAGCAGCACAUGCCGCAGUCGCGGCCGGCGGUCGCCAGUCCCAGCCGCGCGGCGCCAGAGGAGUGGCCGGCGCAGCCAACAACGCCAACAACGACGGAGCAGCAGAGCCAACCGAUCGCGCAGGAGCAGGAGCAGGCACCGGAACAGCGACAACCACGACCGGUGGAGCAGCCAUCGACGACGACGACGACGGUGGUGGUUUCGUCAUCGCCGCAGCGGCCAGCAGCAGUUUUUCCUCCUUUGUCGCACGACAGCCCGGCCAGCCCAAGCAUGCGGAGAGACCCGCCUGGCGGCGGCAGCGGCGUGGCACAGCACCAGGCCGACGCGAAGGCGAACGGCGUGCUCGCCUACAACAACAUCAAGGCGGAGGAGGAGGCGGUGAAGGCGGCGGCAGUGGCGGAGGAGAGGCCACCGGUGGUUCCGGCGUCACGAGGCGGCUGGUUCUCCUACGUGACCGGAGCCAAGAAGGUGGAGUCACCCAAGAAGACAUCGGCUGAGUUUGUCCUCUAA